AUGACGACCACUGAAAUCAGCCACGAGCGGAACCCCGUGACUUUGGAGAAAGGAGACAACGUUAUUUACGAGGACGCCAACAGCAGCGAUCGAUCCACUAAUGAAUUCACCUGGACUGAAGAGGAGGAAACGGCUGUUCGCCGCAAGCUUGACAGGGUUAUCGUGCCACUGACAACCUUUCUAUACCUCCUUUGCUUCCUUGACCGAACAAACAUCGGAAAUGCCCGUAUCCAAGGCAUGGGCAGGGACCUCGGCCUGAACACUGGUGUGCGAUUCAACUGGGUCACAUCAGUGUUCUACAUCGUAUACAUGUUCGUUGAGGUGCCUAGCAACAUUCUGCUGAAACUUCUUGGACCCAAAUACUACCUACCCAUGUUGGUACUUGGUUUCGGUUUCGUCUCCCUGUGCACUGCUUUCGUGCAUAGCUUUGCAGGCUUGCUGGUCGCCCGAGCUUUCCUUGGUGUUUUUGAAGGAGGUGUUAUGCCUGGUUUAGCUUUCUUCAUUACUUGCUUUUACAAGCGUAACGAGUUGCUCUUCCGAAUCGGUAUCUACGUCUCUGCGGCUUCGAUGGCAGGCGCUUUUGGUGGUCUCCUUGCCACUGGUCUUGCUAAGAUUCCUGAAUGGGGCAUUGGCUCCAUGCGCAUCCACGAAUGGCGCAACAUCUUCUUCUUCGAGGGUCUCUUCACUGUGCUCGUCGGCAUUGCUUCUCCUUUCUUAAUGCCCCGCAGCCCUCAAGAAUGCUGGUUCUUGAACGAGCGCGAACGCAUGAUUGCAACUCAGAGGCUCAUUUCAAAGACUGGUGCAGAUGAGAACGAGAAGGUAGAGGUUCACCACGUCAAGCGUGCCAUGAUGAACAUUACCAACUACUUCUGCGCCUUGGGCUUCUUUUUUAUCAACAUUACAGUUCAGGGUAUCUCCCUUUUCAUGCCUACGAUCUUGAAAGACCUCGGAUGGACAGCUACAAAGGCUCAGCUGUACUCUGUGCCACCCUAUGUCUGCGCUUGUGUUAUUGCCAUCGCAGUCGCAUUCGUGUCAGAUAAGACAAACCGCCGUGGUAUCUACCUUGCCAUCUUCACGCUGCCUGCUAUCGCGGGCUUCGCCAUCAUGCGAUGGGGUACCGACCCUAACCUACGCUACGGCGGGAUUUUCUUGAUCACGAUUGGCGCGUUCCCUGGAGGUCCUGGCUUCCUGGCGUGGGCGGCGAAUAAUGCAGCGGGCCCAGCCAUACGAUCUGUGUCAACGGCGUACGUUGUCACACUUGGAACAGCUGGUGGUAUCCUAUCCACUUGGACUUACAUAUCGACUGAUGCUCCGAAAUACCCAACUGGCCAUACUAUUAACCUUUGCGGUCAGAUCUGUGUCUUCAUUCUAGCACUUGGCGGAAUUGUGUACUGCAAGUGGGAGAAUAAGCAGCGUGAUCUCGGCAAGCGCGAUCAUCGUCUCAAUGCCACUCCAGCUCAGAUCAAAGAUCUGGGCUACAGGCACCCCGAGUUCCGCCUUAUGCACUAG